CACAAUUGUAAUUUUCCCAUUUGCGUAUGUCACUCCAGAGGAGUCUCGACUCUGCUUCACAAGGGAAACAACUGAAACCCCUCUUCCUAAAUACAUUGAUUUUCUAUCAAAAUUUCUUCAAGAACCUAUUCAAUUUUUAUGAGGAUUCAUGUUGAAUUUGGUUAAUUGCAUAACCCCCAGAAGGUAAAAAGAGGAGGAAGUUGUGUUCUUGUAAGCAUUUUGUGAGUUGCUGAGGGAGUAACAGGUUUCUUCACAUGGGGAAACCAUUGUUUUAUGAGAUAUUGGAGAAGCCAGCAACAAGUUGUGCAAUUGGAAUAUGUAGUGCAAUUUGGUUUUAUAUUCAGAAGUCAAAUAUUGGUUAUUCACAUGUUGGUUUGAGCUAUGAAUCUGCUUUGGAAGGUCAUUAUUGGAGGAUAAUAACAUCAGCAUUUUCACAUAUUAGUGUGCUUCAUCUUGUUUUCAAUAUGAGUGCACUUUGGAGUCUUGGAGUUGUUGAACAGUUGGGACAUUUAGGUCUUGGUGUACAGUAUUAUCUUCAUUAUACACUGGUUUUGGUUGUUCUUUCUGGCAUGCUUGUCUUCGGAAUGUACCAUAUCUUGAUUCAGCGAUUUAAGCUAGAGUAUUUUCGGAGAGUUACUGCUGUUGGAUAUUCUUGUGUGGUGUUUGGGUGGAUGACAAUUCUUUCAGUCAAGCAACCAUCGUCAAAGUUGAAUCUUUUUGGUUUUCUUUCACUUCCCAUCAGCUUUGCGCCAUUUGAGUCGCUCAUAUUCACUUCUAUUAUUGUUCCUCAAGCUAGUUUUAUUGGACAUUUAUCGGGAAUUAUUGUUGGUUAUGCUGUUGGUUGGGGUCUGAUACAUGGGAUGAACAAUUACUGGGCAGUUACGAUGCUGGGAUGGACUGUGCUUGUGUUUGUUUUCAGUUUGAAAAAGUCUGGUACAUUUGAUUUGAACUUUCUUGAGAUUGAACCUGUCACGGAUCCGUCUUUGCCGUCUGUUCGUUUUUUCGCAGCUGGAAAUGGUAGAAGUUUACAGAUGAGUACAUUACCAGAUGUUGGUGCCGAUCUUGUAUAGCUUUUGGAAGGAUUUCGUUGCUUAUUCCGGGAUCACAACGUAAUUCUAGUAUUGGCAUUUUGCUGGAUGACUUGUUGAUAUGUUACCUCCAAAACCAUCAUUUACCCAUGAUAUGUUCAUUGGUUCUUGAAACACCCGUUGGUUUAGUGAACCAACUGUUUAGGUAACCACUGUCAUUUAUAAGUGUGGUGCGCAAAGUUGUCAUUACAUUUUAUAGAUGAACCAUGAUGUAUUCCACUUAACACUGAAUUGUUGUGAUUAGAUGCUUUAGCCAUUGUGUCCGAUCUAUGCAUUAUAAAUGAUUUAGCAGUAUGACAUUUGCAAAUCUCAAAAGAAUUUCUGUCCUGUUGUUUAGGCUACGUACUGAACAAUUACAUUUACUGUUGCCAAUUUCUGUUCCAUUAUAAUGCUUAUUUUAUGUCAAAAGUAAAUUCAUGGA